AUGAAAAAAAAAAAUCUCUACGGAGUACCAUAUAUUCCAAGUUAUAUGGAUUUAACUAAUGGACCAGAGCCGUGUGUUGUAUGUGGGGACGCUGCCACUGGCUAUCAUUAUAGAUGUAUGACAUGUGAGGGGUGCAAGGUUUACAAACCAGUAUUACAAACCCAUACAAAAGAUUACUUCUUUCUCGAACCAUAUCUAAAUUUCGCUAUUUCAUAUUAUGAAAAGGGAUUUUUCCGUCGAACGAUCCAAAAGGAACUAAAGUACCAUUGUAAAUGGAACCAGAACUGUGAAAUUGACAAAACCACUAGGAACCAAUGUCAAGAAUGUCGUUUUCAGAAAUGUGUCCGUGUUGGAAUGGCGACCGAUCUUGUGUUAAACGAAAAACAACGAAAAGCAAAGAGAAAAUUGAUUGAAGACAAUAGAGAGAGAAAGAGAGAUGAAGUUGUACGACAGAGAACCUCACCAGAACCCAAUGAUUAUGAAGUAUUAAAUGAUAAUGAUAAGAAGAUGAUUGACGAUAUUACUAAUGCUUAUAAUAAUUCCAGUAUUAAAUCACAUCCUUCUAGAUUUAUGAUGCCCCAAUUUGACAGUAAAUAUCCAAACCAAUCUGCUGAAAUUGCUGCUUGGCAACAAUUGGCGGAAGCUAUGACACCGUCUAUUGUUAAAGUUGUUGAAUUUGCCAAGGGUGUACCCGGUUUUACUCAGUUAAAUGUUGAUGAUCAAAUCCUCUUGUUGAAAUCCUGCUGUAUGGAGAUCAUGUGUUUACGAGCUGCCAGACGAUACGAACCAGACGAACAAAUUCUAGUUUUAUCCAAUGGAAUGACUAUCCACAAAUCUCAGCUAAAUCAUGUCUCAGUAGGUGCCCUCGUUGAGCCAAUCUUUGAAUUCGCUAUUGGAUUAGCAAAACUGAGCUUGGACGAAACUGAAGUGUCUCUUCUCGCCGCCGUCCUGCUUAUGCAAUCAGAUCGAACUGGUUUAAAAGAUUCAGAGUCUGUAGAGAAACUUCAAGAUGCCAUCCUGGGUGCCUUUAAACGAUAUAUUACGUGUAAAAGGCCCCAUCAACCUGUCCAUUGGGCCAAAGUUUUAAUGAAGGUCACAGAUCUAAGGACAAUAAGUACUCGACAUGCUGAGCGAGUCCUUUGCGCUAGGAUCGAUUCACCAGCAGGAAUCCCACCAUUAUUUAUGGAAAUGUUCAAGGAAAACACAAGUUCAUGA